UGCUUUUCGCGGGUUUGCCGGUGGGCGGGAUUCUUGAGGAGGCCGAAAAAGCUAGCUAGGUUAGCCAGAACAGAAGUUUGAAGUUCUCUUAGGAGAAAUGAUAAAAAAUAUAAUUGUUUUUCCCAACAUACGUAAUUUAAAGAUUAUAAGUAUUAUCGGCGAUCGGCUUUGAGGGUUUUGUUGUUUUUUUCGGUGUUUCUGGCGGCACCCGGUGCUAACGAUAUUAUUGCCGCCGGUGGCUUUUUUGAAAAUCGUCGGUUGCUAAACUAACGCUGAGGUAAUGUUAAGCCAACGCUAGCGCGUGUUCCGUCGGUCUGUAACUAAGAAUUUUGUCACUCCGACUCGGAUUCACACCUGCACCAGCACCGCUUGAGCUUACUUUCAUCAAAAAUAUUCAGUCCCGCUUUGUUUAACAGCGGAAACCGAGUGAAACGGGCAGAGAAGAUACCUGCUAACCAGCUAACGUUAACUACCUCCUUUUCCGGCUUUAAUUUAUAUAGAGUUACACCGUUUUUCGUGUCUUUUUUGACCGUUUUAUUAAAAUUUCCCCCACCGGACCGGACCGAGCACUUAUGGCAGGUUCGAUGCUGCACUAUUCCGGAUCUUGGAAGCUAACCAAAUCUCCGAUGUGUUGAUGUUUCUGGUGCCCGGCUGAGUGAGUGAGCGAGUGGAGAGCCGAAGCCGGUGCCGCUUUGUUCGGGGCAGAAGCUUUCGGCUGCGCGUUUGUUGGACCCUUUCGGAACCGUGUUUGGAGGCUGUGUGUCCGGGGAUGGCGCCUCAGAAGCACGGCUCUGAUCACCACGGAGCCGGGUGCAGAUCAGGCAGUGGUAAAGCCGCAGGAAACCACACGAACUCCGGCCUCAUGAACGCGGCUAAGAGACCCAAACUGGAGCAGAUUCAAGCCGACCAUGAGCUUUUCUUGCAGGCUUUUGAAAAACCGACUCAAAUAUAUCGAUUCCUUCGGACGAGGAACCUCAUGGCGCCUAUUUUCCUGCAUAGAACCCUCACAUACAUGUCUCACCGGAACUCCAGAACCAAUGGGAAAAGAAAAUGCUUUAAUGUGGAUGACCUGCUCUUCAAAGUGGAGCGAACAAAAAUGGAGCAGGAGUCGCACAAUUUGGCCUCCCACUUACAGCUCACUUUCACCGGAUUUUUCCAUAAAAUUGAUAAGAAUUCACAGAACUCAGAGAAUGAAGAAAACUCUGUGUCUUUGGAGGUGCUACUCAUCAAAGUCUGUCAUAAGAAACGGAAGGAUGUCAGUUGCCCUAUUAAGCAAGUGCCUACAGGUAAGAAGCAGGUGCCUUUGAACCCGGACAGCAGCCAGAUGAAGGUGGGCUCGUGCCCCACUAUUGUUGUGUCCAGUCAGGAAUUUGAGGCCAGUAACAGCCACAUGGUGAAAUCCUACUCACUGCUGUUCAGGGUCACCUGUCCCGGAGGGAGGGAAAUCAACGGCCUGUCCAGCAGAGAGACCAAUGUUAUCGAAGAGGUUCCCAGCAGGAAGAAACGCUACUCCUCCCAUCGGGAUGAUGGUGAGACAACGUUUGUGGCCCAGAUGACAGUGUUUGAUAAGAACAGGCGUCUGCAGCUGCUGGACGGUGAAUAUGAAGUAUCUAUGCAGGAGAUGGAAGAGUGUCCUAUUGGCAAAAAGAGAGCCACAUGGGAAACUAUUUUGGAUGGAAAGUGGGUCCCUCCGUUCGACACCUUCUCUCACGGCCCAACUCUGCAGUUCACCCUGCGCUGGACAGGUGAUACGAGUGAGCGCACUACAGCGCCUGUAGCCAGACCACUUGCUACGCGUAACUCUGAUACCAGCGGUGGAGAAAGCCACAGGCCCAGCGCCCCGAAACCUCCUCAGACAGUAGCUGUUAAAGAUCCAGUUAGCACAGACUUGCCGGUGCGGAGGGAGCAGGUCCAUGUUGAGCCUCGACAGAAACUACGUGUUUAUUAUCAGUUCUUGUACAACAAUAACACACGGCAGCAGACGGAGGCGAGAGACGACCUGCACUGCCCCUGGUGCACGCUGAACUGCCGGAAACUCUACAGCCUCCUCAAACACCUCAAGCUCUCCCACAGCCGCUUCAUCUUCAACUAUGUGCCUCACCCCAAAGGAGCCAGGAUUGAUGUAUCUGUGAAUGAGUGCUACGAUGGCUCGUAUGUGGGGAAUCCUCAGGACAUCCACUGCCAGCCUGGCUUUGCCUUCAGCCGUAACGGCCCAGUUAAAAGAACCUCCGUUACGCACAUUCUCGUCUGCAGGCCAAAGCGCCCGAAGCCCAGCCUGUCCGAGUUUUUGGAGUCAGAGGAGGGUCAGCUGGAGCAGCAGCGGACGUACGUCAGCGGACACAACCGCCUGUACUUCCACAGCGACAGCUGCAUGCCCCUUCGACCGCAGGAGAUGGAUGUGGACAGCGAGGACGAGAGGGACCCUGAGUGGCUUCGGGAAAAGACCACCAUGCAAAUCGAGGAGUUCACAGAUGUCAACGAAGGAGAGAAAGAGGUGAUGAAACUGUGGAACCUUCAUGUAAUGAAACACGGAUUCAUAGCUGACAAUCAGAUGAAUCAGGCCUGCAUGCUGUUUGUGGAGGAGUGUGGCUCCAUUAUCAUGGAGAAAAACCUCUGCAGAAACUUUCUUCUCCACCUGGUCAGCAUGCACGACUUUGGCCUGGUGAGCACUGUGACCAUUGAUAAGGCGAUGGCUCUACUGAGGCAGGGUCAGCAGUGGACCGAGAACAACUGCAGUGCCAGCAACUCUCCUGGACAGGCUAGUAAAGUGGCAGAACCCGGGAAAGCACGAGCCUAAGGAACUUCACAUGAUUUCUGGAAGCAUUCUCCUCAGGCACUGGGCCAAAGGGUGUCUCACACAGGAGGGGUGGUGGAGGGUUUUGUU